AUGCGGCUCUCCGCGCCGCUCUCCGCCGUACUCGGCACGCACCUCCUCCACCUCGUGCUCUGCUCCCCCGUGCAGCCAGCCAGCAGGUACAAAGAUGCACCGGAUUUGGUCCAGGUGUCAGAGAAGUUCCAGGACCUGAAGAAGAAGGGGAAGAUACCCCACACUCAGGACGUGUUGAAAGAGGCGGGACUUCCCCCCCUCACCACCCAAUCAUGGAACCGACCUCGCUGCGGCGUCCCCGACUUCCCGGGGCAGAAACAGGUCCAUUUGAGGAGGGGCCACAGGAAUAAGCGCUUCGUUGUGUACGGAGGACGCUGGGAUAAGACCGACCUGACUUACAAAAUCAUGCGCUACCCGUGGCAGAUGAGCAAGGACAAGGUGCGACGUGUCUUACAGGAAGCGCUGAGAGUGUGGAGCGAGGUCACGCCGCUCACCUUCACCGAGGUUCACAGCGGCAAGGCCGACAUCAUCAUUGACUUCACCAGAUACUGGCAUGGAGACAGUCUACCGUUUGACGGCCCCGGUGGAAUUCUGGCUCAUGCCUUCUUCCCCAAGACUCAUCGACAGGGCGACAUCCACUUCGACUAUGAUGAGUCGUGGACUUUGGGCAACAAUAUGGGCACAGACCUCCUCCAGGUGGCCGCCCAUGAGUUCGGGCACGUCCUGGGCCUGCAGCACUCCAGCGAGCCCGGAGCCAUCAUGUCUGCCUACUACACCUUCUCUUACCCGCUGCAGCUGAGCGAGGAUGACAAGCAGGGCAUCCAGUUUCUAUACGGUGCCCGCCCCCAAGUCCUGCCGCCGCCUCCGGCCCACCCGGAGACGAAUGAGAUCCUCGUCAGUCCCCCCGACGCCUGCCAGACGGACUUUGACGCCGCAUCCAUGAUCCGGGGGGAGCUCUUCUUCUUCAAGGCGGGCUACGUGUGGCGCAUCAGAGAAGGCCACCUGGAGAGAGGAUACCCCGCGCUGGCGUCGCGCCACUGGAGAGGCAUUCCGGACCGGGUCGACGCCGCCUUCGAAGACCCGUCUGGGAACAUAUGGUUCUUCCAAGGUGAGAACUACUGGGUGUUUGACGCCGAGAGACAGAUCAGAGGUCCCGAGUCCCUCAGGAGUCUGGGUCUGUCCGUAUCCCACAUCCAGGCAGCUCUGCGCUGGGGCCCUGACAGCAACUACAACACCUACUUCUUCAAGUCAGGCAGCUACUGGAGGUUCAGCCCGCGGGAGGUCCGGGUGGACUCGGUCUACCCGCACAGCAUGCAGGACUGGGGCGGAGUGCCAGACGACGUGGAUGCGGCCUUCAAGGAUAUUUACGGGUACGCUCAUUUUAUCCGAGGGAAACAGUACUGGAAGUUCGAUCCUGUCGGCAUGAACUCUCUGGAGGGCUACCCUCGCUACAUCGGUAUGGAUUUUUUCGGCUGUAGAAAUGUGUGA